AUAAAUCGGUGUCCUCAUUCUAUAUUUCCAGGUCCAGAUUUACUAGAUUUUCGCUAUGGAAGCUACUUAUUCAUCAUCAUCUUCUUCUUCUUCUUCGGCUUUACAAGGAACAGGAGGGUUCAAGCUGAUAUCACAGGGACAACACCCUUUUCAUGGAUCGCUUCAUUCGGUACGUAAGCCAUUGGCAAAGCCCUGGAAAAAGCCGAUUGCACCCUUGCCACCGACACCACCUAGAGUUUACCGGGUCGACCCCGUAAACUUCCGGGACUUGGUUCAAAAGCUCACCGGUGCACCUCAGUUCAUGUCUCAAUCCCAUCAAACGCGGUCGUCGUCGUCGGCUCAGCGUCUUCAAAGAAUAGCACCUUCUCCUCUUAAAAUCGCAGCAUCGUCAGUGUCGGAGGAACAAGUUUCUGCACCAUUGGAUCUCGCUUCGGGGUUCGAUCAUACUAAAUCCCAAAACCAGCAAUUUUCUGAUAAUGCAUCGAAUUCAUCAUUUGGUUUGAACUUGUCACCAUCUUCUUAUAACUGGUGUAAUUUCUCUAUUCUCAGUCCCGGAACCUUGUCCAGCUUGGACCUAAGCACUGUUCCAUAAAUAAGUAAGAUUUUUUUUUUGAAAAGGAAUAAAUAAGAAAGAUUAAAACUACAUUCUUUUGUUUGUAGAAGUUACAUGUAACCCUAGAAUAAUUAAUGAUGUACUCCAUCUGUCGAUGAUCAUUACAAUGUACGCUAAUAAUGGCCAUAACUGCAGUCAUUAAAUAAUAAUAAGCUUGCCCCACUUAAUUAAUAUUAAA